UGAAGGCUGAAAGCAGAAAAUUUCCCUUCAUGUUAUCCAGAAUCGCAGUGACAUCUGUUCUGAUCAUCAACGUUCUUCUUUUCUCACAAGCACAAUCUUCGUGGGUUCAAUCAGCUUACUGGUUCUCUGGCAGUGGAUUUCCAGUUUCCGACAUAAACUCUCAUCUCUUCACCCACCUCAUUUGCGCCUUCGCAAAUGUUAACUCUUCGUCCUUCGAGCUUUAUGUUGCUUCAGAUGACGAGCAAUCCUUCUCUACUUUCACGACCACCGUAAGACGAAAGAACCCUUCCGUCAUUACGCUUCUCUCCAUUGGAGGUGGCCUCGCCGAUUACUCUGCGUUAUCGUCCAUGGUAAGUAACGUGUCUUCUAGGAAAUCUUUCAUUCAGUCCUCUAUAAGAAUCGCUAGGUCUUACGCGUUUCAAGGGCUGGAUCUAUCCUGGGUUUCUGCUAACACCAGCUCUGACAUGAACAAUAUGGGAAUGCUUUUUAAAGAGUGGCGAGAAGCUGCAAAUUCUGAGGCUCAAAACACUAGUAACCCAGAAUUGAUCUUAACUGCAGCUGUUCAAUUCCGGCCAGGUUCGGAUUUUGGAUCCUACCCAGUUGAAUCAAUCAGAAGCAACUUGAACUGGGUGCAUGUUAUGGCUUAUGAUUACUACAUGCCCACGUGGGCAAAUUUUACUGGUGCUCAUGCUGCUCUGUAUGACCCUUCAAGUGAUGUUAACACUGAUUCUGGUAUUAAGGAAUGGAUUGGUAGAGGAGUUUCUGCAAACCAGUUGGUUUUGUCUUUGCCUUUUUAUGGAUAUGCCUGGACUCUUGAGAACCCCAAGGACAAUGCAAUAGGGGCACCAGCUACAGGUCCAGCAAUUACAGAUGAUGGGGAUAUGAGUUAUAAGGACAUCAAAGCUUACAUUCGGAGAUAUGGGGCUACAGUACUGUAUAAUUCUACCUAUGUAGUGAAAUACUUCUCAGUUGGAUCAAAUUGGGUUGGUUUUGAUGAUGCUAAGGUUCUCAAAAUUAAGGUGUCUUAUGCAAGAGAAAAGAAGCUACUUGGUUAUGUUGUGUGGGCUGUUUCUUAUGAUGACGACAAUUGGGAGCUUUCCACUGCAGCAGCUCAAAAUUUUGAAGACACUGGACACAGUAGAGGAAGAUUAUUAGCUAUCAUUUUGACUCCAAUUGCAGUAUUUAUUCUCCUCUUGGGAGCCAUGAUGUUUUGCUUAAGGAAGAGAAUAUUCAGAUCCAUAGAGAUGGUUGAAGCUGCUAGAGGUUCCAAGUUUAAAGCAAAUAAAGGAGAUGCAGAGCAUUUUCAUGGCAAUGGUCCUGAUUUGCAAGUCUUCAGCUUUUCAGACAUUGAGGAGGCCACAGAUGGCUUUUCCAUUGAAAAUAAACUUGGGGAGGGUGGUUAUGGUCCAGUUUACAAGGGUGUAUUAGCAGAUGGUCAGGAAAUAGCAGUGAAAAAGCUAGCAGAAGCUUCCAAGCAAGGAUUUGAGGAAUUCAAAAAUGAGGUAACACUUACUGCAAGACUACAGCAUGUGAAUCUUGUUCGGCUCCUGGGGUUCUACAUUGAUAGAGGUGAACAAAUGCUGGUUUAUGAGUACAUGCCAAACAAAAGCCUUGACUUCUACCUCUUUGAUCCUAUUAGACGAUAUUUGCUUGAUUGGGGAAAGCGAGUUGACAUCAUUGAAGGAAUUGUUCAAGGGCUUGUUUACUUACAAGAAUACUCAAGAUUAACAAUAAUUCACAGAGAUAUCAAAGCUAGCAAUAUUUUGUUAAGUGAUGAAUUGAAGCCAAAGAUAUCAGAUUUUGGUAUGGCAAGAAUAUUCGCAAAAGAUGCAGACGAAGCAAACACAAGCAAGAUAGUGGGAACCUAUGGCUAUGUUCCUCCUGAAUAUGUUAAAAAGGGCCUCUAUUCUACAAAAUCUGAUGUAUAUAGUUUUGGAGUUUUACUUCUACAAAUUAUAAGUGGCAAGAGGACUACAAGUCUUUAUGGCGAACAAGAAAAUUUAAACCUCACAGGAUACGCUUAUGAACUGUGGAAAGAAGGGAAAGGCAUGGACUUUGUGGGUCCUACUCUUGAUGACUCAUCUUCAACAUGUAAAUUGUUGAGGUGCAUGCAAAUUGCUCUGUUAUGCGUGCAGGAAAGUGCAAAUGACAGGCCUUCUAUGUUGGAAAUUUCUUCAAUGUUGAAAAGGGAAAGCAAUUUGACGUUCCCAAAGAAGCCUGCGUUUUCUAGGGAGAAUAAUGUAGAAGAAGCUAAUGAAGGAAUAGUGCAGAUGGAAACUAAAUCCAUCAACGAAAUGACAGUCUCUGAACUAGUAGCUAGAUAGUGGAGCUGAAUACUUGUGGAAGUUAAAAACGUAUUUAUGUAAUAAUACAAUGCCAGUCAGUU